AUGGCAAGCGACUCGUCGGACCUGUCCAAGACGUCGUCGCAGCCGCGCCAGCACCAGCAGACGUCGUCGGCCUCGUCGGCUGACAACGUCAUGGGCAUCGCCGGCGAGGUCAGCGAGUUCGAGGAGCGCCGCAGCGACCUCGAGAAGCAAAAGACGGCCGACGGCAGCGCCCGCUUCAACCGCCUCGGCUGGAAGCGCCUCACCAUUGUCCUCAUCGUCGAAGCCGUCGCCCUCGGCUCUCUCAGCCUGCCCCAGGCCUUUGCCACCCUCGGCAUGGUCGCCGGUGUCAUCUGCACCAUCGGCCUCGGCCUCAUCGCCAUUUACACGAGCGACAUUGUCGGCCAGGUCAAGCUCAAGUACCCCGAGGUCGAGCACUACGCCGACGCCGGCCGCCUGCUCAUGGGCCGCUUCGGCUACGAGGUCGUCGGCGCCAUGUUUGUUAUGCAGCUCACCUUUCUCGUCGGUUCCCACACCCUCACCGGCACCAUUGCCUUUCUCAACAUGACCAACAACGGCGCCUGCUCCGUCGUCUUUGGCUUCGUCUCGGCCGUCAUCCUCCUCAUCCUCGCCGUCCCGCCUUCGUUUGCCGAGGUGGCCAUCCUCGGAUACAUCGACUUUGCCUCCAUCCUCAUCGCCAUUGGCCUGACCAUCAUUGCCACGGGCAUCCAGGCUGCUCGCCAAGAGGGCGGCAUGGCGGCCGCCGACUGGUCCGCCUGGCCCAAGGCCGACAUCAGCUUCGCCGAUGCCUUCAUCGCUAUUGCCAAUAUUGUCUUUGCCUAUAGCUUCUGUAUGUGCCAGUUCUCCUUCAUGGACGAGAUGCACACGCCCCGCCACUACAUCAAGUCCAUCUGGUCCCUCGGCAUCAUUGAAAUCGCAAUCUACACCCUCACCGGCGCCCUCGUCUACGCCUUUGUCGGCGCCGACGUCCAGUCGCCCGCUCUGCUGUCUGCCGGGCCCGUCAUCUCCAAGAUUGCCUUUGGCAUCGCUCUGCCUGUCAUCUUCAUCUCGGGCUCCAUCAACACCACCGUCGUCGGCCGCUACCUGCACGGCCGCAUGUUCAAGGACUCGGUCACGCGCUUCAUCAACACCCCGCGCGGCUGGAUCACCUGGCUCGCCCUCAUCACCGUCAUCACUAUUAUCGCCUUCAUCAUCGCAGAGGUCAUCCCCUUCUUCUCCGACCUGCUGUCUAUCUCAUCGUCGCUCUUUAUCUCGGGCUUCACCUUUUACCUCCCCGCCAUGAUGUGGUUCAAGCUCCUGCGUGAGGGCAGCUGGCACUCCCGCGAGAACAUUGUCCGGAGUCUGAUAAAUGCCUUUUGUUUCCUUCUCGGCAUCAUUGUCCUCGUCUGUGGAACCUAUGCCAGUAUUGUCGACAUUAUGCAUCAAUUCAAAAAUGGCUCAGUCCGAGGCGUCUUUACGUGCGCACCGAUCGCAUAG